AUGAGGAGAAAGAGGAAAUCAUUGAUGAGGGAUACCUUGAAGCAAAAAACUGGCUAUCUUCAACUAAAGCGAAGUUAUUGGGAAUCUGGUGUGUGCUUUUAGUUACACCAAGAAGAAAAGAAGUAAAAAUUUAUAUGGACAGUGCAGCAGCUUUAGCUAAAUUAGAUAUAGGAAAUUACAACUUG